AUGGCCAGGGACCUGAAAUGGAGGCGUGUGUUUCUUAGUGUAAUCACAGAAGCGGUUAGUGCAGCUCGACGGCCCUGUUUUUGCUAAAUAGAGCACGUACGAUAUAUAAGAACGUGAGCGCGGUUUCGUCAGCAGCUAGUUUGUACUCUCGUUCUGAACCGUUAACAAAAGGGAUAAUUUAAUCGACACCGUGAUAAGCACCGAACUGUCUGGUAGGCUCAAAAUGAACGCACUCAUCUUGACUUUCGCUCUCCUCUGCGCCGGCGCUUCCGCCCAAAUUUAUCUGAAUCAACCGAUCGCCUUAGCUUUGCAACAUCAACCAAUCCAGCAAGAGCGCUCUUUGGCACAUCCGGCUGUGGUGGAAAAUGCAUUGAAUGAGGCCCAGUACCCGCCAGAGUUCCGAAGCAAAAUUUACGACAACCCACACGUCGCCGAGGCGCUGGCUAAGGAGUCAUGGUUUGGUGAUAAGGAAAUGCCAGUUUUUGACCGAGCCGCCGACAAAAUUCCCCGUGAGCGUAUUGCGAAGAUCUUCAAAAAUGCCGGAUAUAUUCGUCGACGUUAAAUGCAUUGAUGAGGAAACAGAAGCAGACUGAACCGACUUCGAAACGUGAAAAUGGAAAAUGAAUGCUUGUCUUUGAAAUGCACGAUGCUGCAGUUGUUGUUGCCUGCCACCUUGUAAAUAUAGGAUAGAAGUUGUUCCUGAUUUUAGCUUAGUAUUUAAAUGCCUGUGUAACUGUUAUUAUUUAUAUGUACAAAAUAAAGUAAUUUAUUGGAUAUAGAAAUAUACUUCAAACUUAA